GACCGUCGGGGCCUUCACCCCUUUCCCGCCUCAGUCCAGCGCCUGCGCUGGAGGGGAGGGGGGUUCCGGCGUGUGUUCUCGCUUACCGUUCUCACUCCGAUGCGGUUUCGCGCUGCUGUGGUGUCUCCAUGGAAGCCGGCCACGGCCCGGAGUCGCAGGCGGCUGUCGGGGGCUCCCUUGGAGCUUCCCUCUGUGCGUCUGGCGCUUCAUGGCCGUGCGCGGGGCACCUGGUUGUUGGCUGCACUUUGAGACGUCUCGUGCCGGGGCGAUGUGGCCGAGCGAAGGCGUGUCUGGCGGGGAGCGGCGGGGAGUUGAGAACAGUGGAACCAUUGGAAUAUUACAGAAGAUUUUUGAAAGAGAACUGUCGCCCUGAUGGACGAGAGUUGGGUGAAUUCCGGACAACCACUGUCAAUAUAGGUUCAAUUACAACUGCAGAUGGUUCUGCCCUGGUGAAGUUUGGAAAUACUACAGUGAUUUGUGGAGUUAAAGCGGAACUUGCUACACCCACAGAAGAUUCUGCUAAUAAGGGAUAUAUUGUUCCAAAUGUAGAACUGCCAUCCCUCUGCUCACCGAGGUUUCGCUCUGGCCCACCUGGUGAAGAGGCUCAAGCAGCAAGCCAGUUCAUUGCAGAUGUGAUUGAAAAUUCACAGAUAAUAGAGAAAGAAGACCUAUGUAUUGCAAAUGGCAAGCUUGUUUGGGUGCUAUACUGUGAUAUUAUAUGUAUGGACUAUGAUGGAAAUCUUCUGGAUGCCAGUGCCUUCGCUUUGUUAGCAGCAUUAAAAAAUGUACAACUGCCAUCAGUUACUAUAAAUGAAGAAACUGGUUUAUCAGAAGUUAAUUUUAAACAGAAGAAUCCUUUGAUGAUCAGAAAGCAUCCGGUUGCCACAUCAUUUGCUAUAUUUGAUGACACGCUGCUCAUUGUUGAUCCAAAUGCUGAAGAAGAAGACUUGGCAACUGGAACAGUGACUGUUGUGACUGAUGAAGAAGACAGACUCUGUUCUGUCCACAAACCAGGUGGAAGUCCUCUCACAGGAGCCAAGCUUCAGGACUGUAUCAGCAGAGCAAUUACAAGACAGAGAGAAGUAAAGAAGCUGAUAGACAAAGUAAUAAACAGUAUUAAGCCGAAGUGAAUAAAAGGAGAGAUCUUUUUGAAAAUGGAUUUGUAAAAAUUGUAUUUGUUACAGUGUUCACAAACCUUUCAUACUAAAUAAACAAAUACCAGUACUACAUUUACAAAGUUCAUUUUUUUCUAAAAUGUUUUUCACCCUUAUACUAUAUACAGUGCUGCUGAGUGGUAAAAAAUACAACAUUCUGUUAAAAAAUUAAGUGACUUAAGGAAACCAGAGUAGCUGCUUUAUAGGUGAAAUCUCCAAGUUCUGGAGGGUUGGCUUCCAAAACCAGUUAAUUUAUUUCAGUGUUAACAUCAAAGUUUGUUUUCCCACCAGUGUUACAAAACGGUGAUUUGAUUAUAAGCUUUCUCCUUUAUAAAUCGGAAAAAAAGAAAAAACAA